CUUAUUACUUGCGCAACAAUAUCAAAAUAACAAAUAAGACUUUAAAAUUAGAAACGUUAAAAACUCACCUAAGUUGGAGGCGGUAAUUAAACACCGUUUUAAACAAUAAUUGAACUAAAUAAUCACGUAUUAGUUAAUUUGAAUUCUGGCCUAUCACGAACAAUCACGUGACAUCAUUAUCCAAUAAAAAAAAAUACUCGUACGUAAACAAUAGGGAUGGGAAAUAUAGUUCUUUGGAAAGAACUAGUUCGUUCGGAACUAGUCACUUCAAAGACUAUUUCUUUAGGAACCGUUCUAUUGAACUACAUCGGUCGCGGACUGUAUCGCGGUUUCCAAAAUAUUCCAUACCUACAUGACACCAACACAAUCGUUACAGACUUUUUGUUUUAUGGGCAUUUCUUUUUCUAUAAAUAAAAGAGGCACACAGUAAUCCGAUGCUUGUAAACAAUAUCUCCCAUUACAAAUGAACGACUAUCAUAUUGUUUUUCUUUCACACAAUUCUUACAUUUUUGAAUGUGUAUUAAUUUAUUUUCUGCAAGUAAUGUGCUUAUUUUCACAUGUGUACAAAACAAAAUAAUGGUAUAGUGUUUUCUCAUCUGUGACAACCUAAGCUGAUUUUUUUCGUAUUGGAUUUGAAAAUGAAGAGGCAGCCAAAGCCGCUCUUUUCCGGUUACACCAGAUGGAUGUCCUGGGAUACCCUCUCAUCGCAGAGUUUGCCUUGGGAUUGCAGGGCCGUUCCUUCUCUUCGGAUGCCAAACAACUCAUCCAGCCAACCAAGAAGGAGACGGAAAGCAAGCACAAGAACUACAAGGCGUUCCUUCAUCGCCUGAACACAUGGAGUGCGCCAGUGAACCUGGGGCAGCCGCCCCCGCCGCACCUCGGGUACCAGUACCCCCCGCCCACCCAGCUGGUGCUGUUCAACAUUUCGUGCGCACUGGCAUCCGUGCCCAGGCUCUACACACAGGUGUUGCACCUCAUGAACCGCAUGAGCCUGCCCUGUCCCUUCGAGGGAGAGGUGUUCCCCAAGGUGGCCGUGCCAAAGGACGCCCUGCCCCCACAGCCUGCACCCGAGCCUGCGCUCGCCCUGAUACCACGGGAAGAGAGUCCUCCCAGACAGGACACGGCAACGGAGGAGUCAGAGUUGGAGAGUGACGGAGAAGGCAACAAACGUCCGGAAGACAUCAUACCCGAGAAGCGGGCGUUGCCGCAGAAGAAGAUGCGAGUGAAGCGCCCCAGGCUGAGCCAGCUGGCAGCGGCACCUGCUGUGCCCAGGGCCGCCAAGUCGGUGCUGAGGCCGGAGGAGGUGUUCGAGCGGGAGGACGCUGCACCGACACAGCGCCGCAUCGAGCUGAAGCUGGCACCGGAGCCAUCGCUCGAGAGGCACGCGGAGAGCACGAGUGGGGUCGCCGAGAGUGCGGGUGGAUUCGGGCUGAUGUUCCCGGCCAGCAAGGCGCCGGCUCCGGAGGAAGAGAAGGACUCCGAGGAACGAGUAACCGAGGAUGACGACGACUGUAUCACUGCGGAGAAGCUCGCGGAAAACCGGAUAUCAUCCAGAGAUCAGAAGCACCUGCCAGUGUUCAAGAAUUACCAGCCCGGGGUGCCGUCGUGCCGACUGUACAUCAAGAACCUGGCCCGCCAGGUGGACGAGCGAGACCUGCACUUCAUCUUCCGCCGCUACCGCGUGUCCAACGUCUUGGAGGAGCAGGGCAGCAUGUUCGACAUACGGCUGAUGAAAGAGGGCAGAAUGAAAGGCCAGGCCUUUGUCACGCUGCAGUCGGUGAAGAUGGCCGAGAAGGCUCUGGAAGAGACCAACGGCUACAUCCUCAAGAACAAGCCCAUGGUAGUCCAGUUCGCACGGUCGGCGAAGGCCAAGUGAGGCAGCUCACUUGCGUUUAUCUAAUUGUUUACGAUUGAUUCACUUUUUAAUAAAAUAAUUAUAUUUUGUACAUUUUCUUUCAAUAAAACUAUUAUAUUGCCAAUGAACUGAAAUUUGAGAUUGUUUACAGCUCAUUAAAAAUUUCUUUUUUAAAGUGA